CAUGGUGGUGUAACCUGGUGUAAUUCUCUUACGACUUGGACUAAGCCGGGGAUCGGAGUCUGAUGUCACAUGUGCUUCAUCGGAGGAGACGGGGCAUCUGCAAGCUGGAUUUUGUGGAGGAUGCUGCGGCAAGUGAUCCACAGAGGGCUCAAGGCUUCGUUCUACUGGCUGGGCUUAUUCGUUAGCAGGCACCCCGUUUUCUUCCUCACUGUCCCCGCGGUCCUCACCAUCAUUUUCGGAUCUACCGUGCUGAGCCGAUUCAAGCCGGAGACGGACCUGGAGGUGCUGGUGGCUCCUACUCACAGCCUGGCCAAGAUCGAGCGGAGUCUCGCCAACAGCCUGUUUCCCAUCGACCAGUCCAAGCACAAGCUGUACUCGGAUUUGCACACCCCGGGCAGAUAUGGCAGGUUGAUCCUGCUCGCCAAGUCCGGGGGGAACAUCCUGGAGCUGGCCGACCAGGUCCUGCAGGUCCACAAGCAGGUGUUGGAUUUGCGCGUCAAUUACAAGGGAUUCAAUUACACGUUCGCGCACCUCUGCGUGUUGAGCCACAGGGACAAGCGCUGCCUCUUGGAUGAUAUCAUCACCAUCUUCGAAGAUAUCAGGCAGGCUGUGCUUUCCAACAGCACUUUCCAUAAGGUGGCCGUGAGCUAUCCAAACACAACAUUAAAGGAUGGCCGUGUGUCCUUUAUUGGCCACCAGCUUGGCGGUGUAUCCUUCUCGCCCAACAGCCGCGACCAGCAGGUCAAGUUCGCCCGUGCUGUCCAGAUCACCUACUACCUCCGCAACCACGGACCAGUGGUGCAGGAUGCCAUUGCUGAACGCUGGGAGAACGAGUUCUGUGCCCUGGUUAGCCGGCUGUCCACGGGCGAGAUGCCCCACACACCCGACCAGCUCCACAUCCAGUCGCUCACCUCCUUCAGCCUGUGGCGGGACUUCCACCAGACGGGUGUGCUGGCCAAGGGGGAGGUGCUGGUCAGCCUGGUGCUGGUGCUCCUGGCCGCCACCAUCUCUAGCUCCAUGAGGGACUGCUUGAGAGGAAAGCCAUUCCUGGGCCUGCUGGGCGUGUUGACCAUCUGCAUUGCCAAUGUGACAGCCGCAGGGAUCUUCUUUAUAUCGGAUGGGAAGUUCAAUUCCACGCUGCUGGGAAUCCCAUUCUUUGCCAUGGGCCAUGGAACCAAAGGGGUGUUUGAGCUGCUGGCAGGCUGGAGGAGAACAAGGGAAAACCUCCCCUUCAAGGAGCGUGUGGCAGACGCUUUUGCCGAUGUGAUGGUGUGCUACACCAUGACCAGCUCACUCUACAUCAUCACCUUUGGCAUGGGAGCCAGCCCUUUUACCAACAUCGAGUCGGUGAAAAUUUUCUGCCAGAGCAUGUGUGUUGCCAUCCUGGUCAACUACUUCUACGUUUUCUCUUUCUAUGGCUCCUGUCUAGUGUUUGCUGGGCAGCUGGAGCAGAACCGCUACCACAGUGUUUUCUGUUGUAAAAUCCCCUCAGUGGAGUACCUUGACCGCCAGCCCACAUGGUUUAAAACCAUGAUGAGUGACGGCCAUGACUUGUCCACACACCACGACAGUGUCCCCUACCAGAAUCACUUCAUCCAGCACUUCCUCCGUGAGCACUACACAGAAUGGAUUACCAACACCUAUGUCAAACCCUUCGUAGUCAUUCUAUAUCUCAUCUACGCCUCUUUCUCAUUCAUGGGAUGUUUACAAAUCAGUGAUGGAUCAAAUAUCGUGAACCUGCUGGCUAGUAACUCCCCGAGUGUUUCGUAUGCACUGACCCAGCAGAAAUACUUCAGCAACUACAGUCCAGUGAUUGGGUUUUAUAUUUAUGAACCCAUUGAGUACUGGAACUCCACAGUACAAGAGCACCUGAAGACUCUGAGUCAUGGUUUCAACAAGAUCUCUUGGAUGGACAACUUUUUCCACUACCUGCGAGUGGUGAAUGUGAGUGCAUCAACCAAGAGCGACUUCAUCACCAUCCUCAAGGGCUCCUUCCUGCGCAGUCCAGAGUACCAGCACUUCACUGAGGACAUCAUAUUCUCCAAGAACCGGGAGACUGAUGAAUACGACAUUAUCGCCUCGCGGAUGUACUUGGUGGCACGGACGACAGAGAAGAAGCGAGAAGAGGUGGUGGAGCUUCUAGAAAAGCUUCGUCCGUUGAUGUUGAUUAACAGCAUCAAGUUCAUUGCCUUCAAUCCUACGUUCGUGUUUAUGGACCGCUACAGCUCCUCUGUCAUUUCGCCCAUCCUGACCUCAGGCUUCAGCGUACUCACAAUCCUCAUCCUCACUUUCUUCCUAGUCAUCAACCCCUUGGGGAACUUCUGGCUCAUCCUCACGGUAACAUCCGUGGAGCUGGGCGUUUUGGGUUUGAUGACCCUCUGGAACGUUGGCAUGGACAGCAUCUCAAUCCUGUGCCUUAUUUAUACCCUCAACUUCGCCAUGGAUCACUGUGCACCACACCUGUACACUUUUGUGCUAGCCACUGAGCACACCAGGACGCAGUGCAUCAAGUUGGCACUGGAGGAGCACGGGGCGGCCAUUCUGCAGAACACAUCCUGCUUUGUGAUCGGGAUCAUGCCCCUGGUGUUUGUGCCUUCCAAUCUGACCUACACACUGUUCAAGUGCUCCCUCCUCACCGCGGGCUGCACCGUGCUGCACUGCUUUGUCAUCCUGCCCGUCUUCCUGACCUUCUUCCCGCCGUCCAAAAAGAGACACAAGAAAAAGAAACGGGCCAAGCGUAAAGAGCGGGAGAGAGAGAGGGAGCGGGAGAGGGAGAGGGAAAGAGAAAGGGAGGAAAUAGAGUGCAUCGAAGUCAGGGAGAAUCCUGAUCAUGUGACAAAUGUCUGAAUAGUUUGUAAUUUUAGAAAUGAGUAUUAAUGGUUAUCCGUCAGUUAUUGGUGGAUUAGAGGUAUUCUCCAAUGAUGAGGCGCCUCUUGAGGUGCAGGGGAGUCUGAGAUGUCCCCUGAGGAGUGGGAACCGGUCACUCCCAACCAAUAGCAGCUAAGCUGGCCAGAGUAGAGCGCAGCCCCACUGGUCAGUCAUCCAGUCCUUCAGUCUGGACAGUGUAUCUCAUUUGCACAAACUGCAACAUGCUCACGGUUCCAAACCUCUUUCCCAACUAUUUGGUAAAUACAAACAAGUUAGUUCCCAGAACGUAUGCUUGCAAGUAAAUCUGUAAUUAAAUUCUAAACUUAGUCCAUUUAAAUAAUAGCAAUUCUAUGUUCAUCUCCUGCAGCCCUUAUCUGAAAAGACGUGAAUGGGGAACAUAGCAGUCUGUUAAGCCAAGGACACUCAGACAAGACGGUGAAAAUGGUUAGUGUGAUCAUGGUAAAGUGUAAAAAUUAAACUGUGCAGAAGAUGACUGUGUACGCACCUUACUCCUCCCAACUUGAUAACAGCAAAAGAACGAAUACCAAAUUUUGUGGAAAGAGAAACUGUGGAAAGCACACCGCAUGCUUUUCUGUGACAUUAAAAAUAGCUGAACAGCUGAACUGGGCAGAUGGCAUACACUGUGUCCAUAAUGAAGAAUUAUCUUGCACAUUGCAUCGUGUGAAUAGAAAUGUUGAGGUUUAAAUUAGCAGGAGACAAAUAUUCUGCUUUAUUCUAGAGGUCACAUAAGGUUGAAGGCCAUAGCAAAAGGAACUGCAGUGGGCUGCAGCGUGUGAAGAGGAAGUGCUAAGUGACUGUCGUGCAGCAGUAUUUGGAAAAGGCAGUAAGCCUGAGUAUGACUUGAGUAAACCCUAAACUGCUUUUGCACCAGACCAGUAAAACCAAAAGUAAAGAGUGUUUCCAAGGCUUCAAAUAUUGAACUUUCUAGCAGGUUGAUGACAAUGGAAAGUUUCUGUGAGAGUAUGAAUGUCUCUGUCGACCACUUACAAAAGCUUACUGGCAUGGCACUGGUAAUGGGAAUGUCUGAAUGUGAUUCAAAACUAGCAGUGGUGCCAAAUAGUGUACAGAUUUUUUUUUUUUUUGACAAAGUUCUGUAACAACAAAAAAGUCUCAGUAAGUUUGAACUUUCACAUAAAACAACCAUGAACCAUGAAUUAUUCAGGCUUAUUUAAAGGUCCAGUGUGUAGUAUUUAGUGGCAUCUACAGAUUGAAUUAAAAAAAACCCUCCCUUUCCAAGCAUGUAGCAGAACCCUCAGUGGCCUUCAGGUGAUGUAAAACAUGAAGGGCCCCUUCUAGAGCCAGUGUUUGGUUUGCUGAUCUGGGCUACUGUAGAAACAUGGCUGUGCAACAUGAUGAACUCCAUGGGAAAGAACCUGCUCUGUAUGUAGUUAUGAAGGGCGCAUUCUGAUCAACCAAAAACACAACAAUUUCUAGUUUCUGGUGAAUAUACACUAAUUCACUAAUGAAAACACAAUUGUUAUUAUGUCCCAUUACUGCCAAUUGAUUUUCCUAAAUCCUAAACACUGGACCUUUAAAUAAUCACUAUUUAAUGUUGUUUGGGUUUGUGAAGCAGGUUUUAAAUUAAGUAAUGAGGCACUUUUUGUCAAGUACACUGUCUAAUAGUGUGAAGAAAUGAUAGGGAGCCGAGGUAAAACUAGAACCUCUGAGUUUUGUUCCAGAAGUAAGAAAAUCUCAUUCAAGAUCAUAAAUAUUUGUAAGAAAACAAACUACUAUAAAUUCAGCCCUACAACAUAACAUUUGUCUUUUACACCAUUUAUCUAGAUAGAGCCAGUGCGUUCAAAAAAAUGCAUAAUCAAUUUUUAUUUAAUACUUGUGUUUUUGACAGGUUUAAAGCUGCACUAAUCAAUAUUUUUAUGUUGAAAAUUAAUUAAAAGACAAGGGUUGGCCACCAAGAACCGGUUCCAAAAGUUUGGAUCCAAAAAAAAAUACAAUUUCAGUUCUGCUUAUCGGUUCCUAAACAAUUCCACAUUAGCCAUCUUUCUGGACCGGAUGACACUGCACAUUUUGUUUUGUUUAGGGACAAUGGGAAAAUCAAUAAGAGUUGCUAGUGUGAGAGUCAGCUGUGCUCCAUGCACCGCAGGUUUUCUUGUCUGCUCCGUUUGCUGACACAGCAGUUUGCUGUCAGAGGAGGCUCGCCGUCUCUCCCAUACACCCAGCAGCUGAACCACACACCCGCUGUGCACGCAGUAAACACACCAGUGACACCAGGCCACCUACGUAUGUUGGACACUGUGUCAUUUUGGCUGGUUUCAGUGUUACAGCUACAUUAAAGUGUAUGAAAUGAAUCUACCAACCAUAAAUUAAAUUAAAUUGGUUGUGAAUAUGAAUAUGAAUCAACAUGAACUGUGUAAAAGUCUUUGAAAAUAAAUUAAAUAUUUAAUACAUUUUUGUUUGUGAAAUAAACAUGAAUUGAAAUUGAAAUCCAGGACCUUUAAGAACCAGAAUCAAUAAGCAGAACCAGAGUCAGAAUUGUUAAAAUACAAACAAUAAAAAAACCCUUCAAAAGACAAGUUCACACAGAGUUAAUAUCCAACUCUUCAUAUCAGCUCAGCUCAGCAAAGCAUUUUAACAUCUUUUAUCUACUUUCCUAGCAACAAACAGCAGGCAGACAAAGCUGGUGUUGUAUAUAUUGGAGCAUUUGGCAAGGAAAGGGCGACAUAUUUCCCACAUAAGUCGGUGGCAACCAAAACAGAGCUUGAAGAAGAUUGAAUACAGGACUAACAUUGGUCAGACCAUCAGAAACACAACACUAAAUGUUGCUCUCUAUCUGCUGGAUUUCUAAAUAGGCAUUUUGAGGUGAUAUUUUUUUAAGAUGUGUGUUUUCAGCAUGUUCCAAGGCCCCCAUGUGACCAAAAAUAUGCCGCUUUAUUCCCAUUUCCCCAACCCUAGAACCAUUGUGGGUUAAUAUCAACAGCAUGUCAGACUGGAUAUUAAAGAUACUACCUAAGGAAGGAACAGUUAAUGUAAAAUAUGUAAAGUCAAUGCUAGACAGAUGAGAGUUUUAACAGUUUUGUAACAUUUUUCCCCCAAUUAUCAAAGGUUCAUAUGCUAAUAGGAUUUAAUAUAUAAGCCACUCAUUGAUCUUAAUAAAUGGAGAGAAAGCCCUAGGAAAGAAUUUGACUCAGAAAGGCCAAUUAGACACCCUUAAAAAGAGAUUCCAUUGGACUAUGGAACCUGGUUGAAUAACAUCUAGCCUGUAGGGGACAAGACUUGGCUCUCUACACUGCAAAAAAAGAAAAGUUGGGUGAACUCAAAAUUUCAAGGCAACAGACUUUGAUAACAUAUUUAAGUUGGACAAUUAAACUAAAUAUUUUAAGUUUUGCUUUUGAGUUUGAACUCUGAAUUCAACUCAACUGUAAGUUGAAACAUGAUAAGGGUUGCUUACCUGUUUGGACUCCAGCUGGAGGCAGCACAGCCACAAUUCAAGUACAGUGCCAACUCAGAAAGUUGGCAUUCCGCAUUUCACAACAAAGAAAUAAGAGUUAGCAGAACUAUUGCCGCUUGUUUUGAACCCCAACAUAAAGAUAUAAGUAACAACAACUCACCAACUUGUCUUUGAGCAUACACCUGGCUUGCUUUGUUGUGCUUACUUACAUUAUUGCCCUAAACAAUAAUAUUGGGCUACACGGUGGUGUAGUGGUUAGCGCUCUCGCCUCACAGCUAGAGGUUUGCUGGUUCGCCUCCCGCCUGUGGCUCUUCUGUGUGGAGUUUGCAUGUUCUCCCCGUGUCAGCGUGGGUUCUCACUGGGUUCUCUGGCUUCCUCCCACAGUUAAACUUAGGUUUAAUUGGUUUGGUUGAUUGAUUGUCUGUCUCUAUGUGUUUGCCCUGCGAUAGUCUGGCGACCUGUCCAGGGUGUACUCCGCCUCUCGCCCAAUGACAGCUGGGGUAGGCUCCAGCCCCCCGCGACCCGAUUGCGGAUAAGCGGUUAAUGGUAAUGAAUGAAUCAAUCAAUAAUAUUUAUAUUUCCAAGUUUUACCAACUUAAAUCACUGUUUCAGCCCAAAAAAAUACAAGUUAGCUUUUUGCAGUGUAUAGGGAACAUUUCAUAAAUAGUGUAGACCACUUCUCCCACCUAUAGGCCUGGAGUGGGUCUGCAAUGAAUGACCAAAUUGUGUGCCAUUACUUCAAAUAAGAACCGAUCAAAAAGCAGAGUUUACUCUACAAAUACACUUCUUCAAUAUUCAUUCUCAGAAGCCUAAAAUGGCUGCAUUCUCCCCAGAAGGUAAACAGCAUUAUCUACGUGUCCCAAGGCCUGAUAAGAAUCUCUGUUGCAGUCCCGAAACAAACACACUCAAGGUCAGCAGCUCUGACAGAUACCAAUCUCACACUGACCUCUUGCAGGCAGAUCUUAGCUGGUGGCAUGUGAUAGAGCUGCCCCAUAUGUGAGCAGAUGUGGCUGAUUGCAGACCAGUCAAUACCUUCUUAGAGGAUUGGCUGGUUAUUAAGGGGCUGCCCUUGAAGAGGCACUGCUGUCUUGUUUCUUUGUGGUGCCAAUGAAAAAGUGAAGGACCUCACGGAGGACAGCUAAGGCAGAUGGCGUAGAUUAGACUGUUUAUAUUGGACCAAAUGCCAGUGAGGAAUAUUGCUCACAAGGGAGUGCAAGAGGGAAUAAGUCAUUGUCAUUUAAUGACAGGUGUUAUUUCCUUGUUUGAAAUUAAUAUCAGUGACAAAAAAGAUGCAAAGGUGCAAAGGAAUCGUUUACCUAUCAAACACAAACACAUUUCCUGCUUUUGUGGAAAUGGAAAGUAAUCUUAAGUGUUGAAUGGUCAAUGAUAAAAACCUUAUAACUUUUCAUCAACCAAACAUUGCCCCACUAAGAAGUGAGGAGUUCUUUGCAAGCUACUUCCUGCAGCAGCUGCAGUGAGCGUCACAUUAUGUAAAAGCCAUGUCACGUAUGUAUAGCAAGAAGGCAUGAAAUGUUUGAAACACAGGAAAGAAAUGCAAAUCUUAAAUAAUUUACUUCCCAAAAUGAACUGUUUGCAUGGCACUGUAUUGUAUGUAUGCAUGCAUUUAAUUUUUCUGUAUGAAGUCUGCAUAUUUUUUUAUUAUUACUACGCUGUAGUGACUUAUGUUUGUUGUUUCGAUGCAUAUUCUGUAACACCAUGUGCUGCAAAAGAACAAAAUUAGUCAUAUCUGUUUCAAAACAAAAGCCAGAGGAUAUUUCAUGUGUAAAAUAACUGUAAAUUACUAUUUUCUAUAUUUUCUAAGAAAAAAUACUAUAGAAAGAUUUUUAAUGACAGAAUUUUCUUAAAUAAAAAAGAAUAAAAAGGGAAAAAGUUGAACACAGUAGGCCAGUAAUAAACAGUGGAAUGUUACCAGUAUACUAGAUCUUAUUCCUUGCACACUGCAGUGUCAAUGUUUGUUGAUGAUUCACACUUUUAUAUGGGAAACUCUGGCAAACCAUAUUCUUGUUUGUUUGUGUCUUGACUCCUUUAUGUUCUCUACUUUGCCUUCAUGUGAGGCAAUAAUUCAUUUCUCAACAGCCCUUUUUCAAACAACAGAACUGUUUAUCAGGCCUUAUAAUGAUAACUUUAAACAAAAACAUAGGUUAGAAAUGUACAGCAUAUAGAUGAAUCUCCAUUCAAUGUCUGAAAUACAACUAUUACAGUUUGCUAUAUGGCAGUCCAAGCUUAGCAGCAAAUAUUUUAAUAUUUAACAGUACUGUUAGCUCUUCUGGAUCAUCAUUCAUAAAUAUACUUGGUAUCAUCAUAGACAGCCUGCCAUUGCUGCCUAGAAAGCUAUUGCUGUUAUUGCCACAUUCACCACUUUUCAGCUUUCUUACGAUUAGCAUCAUUCCAAAUGAUGAAUGUUUAUGAUUAGACUCCUCCUAUAUAAAUAGCAUGACUAGAAAUUAAUAGAACAUAUUCUUCUAAGGCAACACGCUGAGUCUUACUAAUGGAUCACUGAAACAGCAUGUACUAUCCAACAUUUAAAACAGAUCUUUAUAUUGUCGUCGGUCUUUUUUGGGCGAAAACUUAAAGUAGAGCUUGGCAUUAAUCAAAAUUGUUACUAAUGUCAACAAAUCCCCUAAAAAACUUAAACCAACAAUGUGUUAGAAUGUCUCAAUAAUUUGCGACCUACCUAUCCUGUCCUAUGGUUCCCAUACUCUAACACGGUUAAAUAGUGCAUUUGCUGGACUAUUUACAGCUGCACAUUAAUAAAUAUUUGGCGAGCUUUUCAUCAAUGGAACUCCAUGGCACAAGGAUAUCAGGCUUUGAUAUGCAAAUGAUCAAUUCAUUGGUUGUUAUUGGUCUUUUCAUUGGAUGGUUGAUAAUUAAAUACAAAACAUUGCCAGCCUUAUUCUUUAAAAGCUAAACUUGCUUAGUGUACUUUAUAACUUAAUAUUCUAAGGUACCAGAUACUCUUGAAGUUAACAUGCUCUAAAAGCUAAGCUUUGUAUUUUUUCAUACUAGUGCAGUGCCUGUUCAAAGAGUGCCGUUUGAAAUGGGCCAAUUUUGUUGCUGCUUGCAGCUUUCUCGAGAACAGCUCAUCCAAACAAUUCCCCACUUGACUGCGCUUCCUUGGGUCGUGAGCAGCCUUGAAGUCUCAGCAUACAGUAUACGCCUCAUUUGGUUGCAAAAGCUCACAUUAACUUUUUAUGGCCAUAAUAAAGUCAAAGCUCAGCUAUUUCCCUUGAUAGUGUUUUUUAGAUAGAAAAGGGGGGCCCAGUAGAAAAACUUUGGGAACCACUGAUGUAAAACAACCAUUCAUCCAGUAAUGCAGCAUUUCUUUUAUAAACAAAUAAUGGUGACCAUACCUCUUUAAGUGUUGCACAUUUACAAUGUUAACACAUGUAAUAUUACAAGUACAACUUAUAUUUGAUCCAUUCUGUAAGCUCCUGCUAUAUGGUUUGAUAUAGCCCCUUUUUAUGUUCUAUGGGGAUACCAUAACUAGAAUGUAUGUGACAUUACAGCUAAAAUAUCCACAUUACAGUCAAUGGGAUAUUCAGUGACGUCUCCAAAUCUAUUUUUUCAUUAAACUAAUGACUACAAUGCAUGUUCAUUAAAAAGCAAAAAACAGCAUUAACAUAGAUAUAAAUAUGCUAUAAUCUUUGGUGGUAUUUUGAAAGUCAGUGUUAGGGCAGUUAGAUGGGUGUACUGUCCUUUAACCAUGCACCAGCAUAUAUUUAGUUUAAACAACAAGGGACAGCACAAUAUCUCCACAAUACAGGGCAAUAAAAUUAUGCAAUCACCACUUUGCUUGCUAAAUAAUCUACAUUGCAGCCAUAGCCGCAGAGGACAAAUUACUGUUGUAUUGCAACUCAUUUAUCUUGUAUGUCACUUAACAGGUUUGAUGAAUGGGGACAACAUUAGCCUUCUUUUGGCUUUGUUAUUGAGUGGCAUCUAUUCUAUUUACAUCUAUCUAUCUAUCUAUCUAUCUAUCUAUCUAUCUAUCUAUCUAUCUAUCUAUCUAUCUAUCUAUCUAUCUGUCUAUCUAUCUAUCUAUCUGUCUAUCUAUCUAUUAUAUAAUGAAUUAUUCAUUUGAAAAUACAUAUGGCAUAUAUAGGUUUGUGUUACUGUCAACAAGCAUUUUUUAUGCUACUGUUUUCCUGUCCUUGCCCAUACUACGUUGUCUAAAGCCAGACUCAGAUGACAGGAGUGCUAAAAACCUGACCGAUUUUGAAAUUGGGUUGCAUCACACACAUCAGGAGACUCUUCCCAGAUAAUCUUCACUAUAAUCUAAAACAUGCAUUUACAGAAUAUUAUUGACCUUAUCAUGGCAGAAAAAGCGAUUGACGCGUUGCAACAAACUGCUGCUUUGUGGUGAGGAUAAACAAAACCAGAAGGCUAAAUGAGUCUGGGUAAGAAAAUAGUUGGGAAUAUGCGAUCAACACUGAAGAACUGGAGAUGAGACUUUAAAUAUUUAUAAUAUAAACUUUAUAUAUGUCAUAAUAGCAUGCUAGCUGCUAACAUCAUAUUCUGAUUUUAAAUUCUAAAUAUCAAACAUGUUUAAUAAUUAUAGGGGCAGCCCGAUGAGUCUGCAAACAGUUUUGGAGGUGUAAGAUUGGAUCUGUAAACUGCUCUCAUUGACUGAUAAUCUUGCUGAAAUAAGAGUUCAGGCCACAUUUCUUCAUGAUUAUCAGGAGGGGUUAAUUGGGGUUCAAUCGGCCUGAAACUCCUGUGGCCUGAGCCCGGCUUGACUGAUGGGUUUGGGGGCGAUUCAACCCUCCAGAUAAUUGGUGGUGAGAUGUGGUCCAAGACUUUGGUCUGUACCAAUGGGUGAAUGGGUCUUAAACCUUCCAAUCUGCUCAAAGACUCAUUGGGGCCACCCUGAUAAUGUCAAACAUGUUUGAUAUAAUGGAGUUAUGAUCUGGAUGAUUGCGAGAAUGAUUACAUUAGCAGAGGAGAGCAGCUGUCGUGUUGCCAAGCAACGGUGAAAAAAAUCUAGCCCUGUGGGCUAAUGUUAGCUAGCAUACUACUGUUGACAGAAAUUGAAACGGACAGUUCGCCUCUAGUUCUCGUUAAAGAAUAGACACUGCAAAGUAUUAUUACAGCAAAUUGUGGCACCUGGUUUGUUUACAUCUGCUUCUUCAUGAGAUCACAGGAGAGAGAUCAGUUGAGGUGGUGCAUUGCUCCCUCUGGUAUGAUAAUAAUGUUUGAGAUAAGAGAGAAGAACAUCUGUGUAGUUUCUCCUUAUGCGUGUGAGGCAAUUUGAUUUUAAAAUCGUUUGUAAAGCUUCUGCGGUCUGAGCCUGGCUUAACUUGUCUGAUUGGAGUUUUGUGACCCAAACACCUGGAAUAAAAAACGUGAGUACAAUGUGUCCACGUAACUCUGGAAAGAAGACACUGUUUGCUCUUAUUAUUCUGAGUAUUUGGUGAAUUCUGUUGAGAUUGACUUUGCCAAAGUCUGGGCCUUCUAUGCUGUCUAUACCACUCUAAAAAAGGUACAUAUACACUGUGGGCCUAUGGAUAGUCCAGUCCCUUUUAACAUGGUCAGUGCUCUCUCAACCCAAUGAAUACCUAGAAAUAAUUGUUUCUUCCAGAAAUGUUUUUGAAAUGCACUUGACGUCAGAGUAAUGCUCACAUAUGGUCACUUAUGCUAUUUUCAGACUACCAACGACAAUGUUACAAAAUGGCCAUUUUGCCACCCCAUUGCCAUUUCCAUGUGCACCGCAAUACACUGAAAGCUAGGAUAGCAUUAGCUAACAUUUGACACAACAUCACAG